AUUUAGAAAAUCAUAAACCAAUUAAUGUAGGUGAACACGUCUAGAUUGUUUUUAUAUAAUAUCUACUAAUAACUAGCCUGGACAUCGAGAAUUCGGCAAGGACAAAGGUACAUUUACCUUUACUUACUUCAUUAAACAAGCAUAAAUGCAUCAUCUCGCGAAAAAAAAAAAACAGAAACCAUAGUCCAGAUGCAUUUAUAAGAAACCGGUCUUUUUCAUUACUAUUAUUAAUUAGUUGACGUUUCGUUGGACUGUUGAAAUAAUAUAGGUAAGAAUUGCUAAUUUGUGCCGCGCUUGUUUUAAUUUUGUUUAUUUAUAAAAAGGUAACAAUUCCAUCGUACCAUGAGGUAGUACAAACUGUACCUAAUGUAGGCAGUAGCUAAGAUAGUCGCUUUAUUUUUGCGCUAGUUAGCAACCAAAUGCGAAAUGAAUUCAAAUUGAUCAAUUUAAAGAAACAGCAUGGAUCGAAUUAGUGUUUCAUUGCCAAUGUCCUUGUCCUUUCUCAACUUUAUUUACAUUAAUCGAAUCUUUCUGCAUUAUGUAUUACCUGCAAGUUUUUUUACUGGUGGCAUUUGGGAUAUUGCGAAAACAACGGUUUAAAUCUCAAUCUCCGUACGCGGGAUAACUUUUCGAUUUUCUUCCAUAAGAAAGGCGAUUAAUAAAUCGCUUUUCCUACAAGGAAGUAAUGAGGGUAACGUUGUCAAUUCCGACCGCUAGAUAAAACAUAUUUGAAACCGGAAAAGUUUCCGCGAACCGAGUGAUCAAAUUCAUAGAAGAAUCAAAAGUAAGCUUUUUGGAGGGAACCGAUUUAGCGGUUUAGUUUAAAGGAAAUUAAAGCGUUUUCUAAGUACCUUGGUAAGUAUUUACAUCUUUUUUUAUUUGGACGAUGAUGCUGUUUUGUGUAAAAGAAAUAAACAAUAGGUGCGGAGGGGGUGGAGGGACUUAGCUAAAAUCAUAAUCCAAACAAGACGACUUAAAAAUGCAGCAUCUUACUACCCCAACCAACCCCUAACGCAUUAAAAGGAACCACGUCAUUGGUCGAAUCUCGGAGAACUGGCCUAUGCGACUUGCGAAACACGCAGCACGGAGUGGACCACCGAAUUCAAGAGAAGGCCCAGUCGGUGAACGAGCGGCAAAGCGAUCGUGGUCUUCUGCCAAAAAUUUCAAUCUAAUAUUUCGUUUGAAGUAUCGUUUCAGUGCAUAAUUGUUUGUUUAUCAAGUGACUGCAAUUAGAAAACAUUAAAAAGACAAUAGUUUAAUAACAAUGACCGGUUAAACAAUCACGGACGUUUCAGUCGAUUAUCCAAUAAUAAUCAUACAUAAUAAUGGGCUAAACAAAACGAGUGUUUCAAAGUUUGCUUUUCAGUUUUUGUUUUGUUCGAUGUUAUUAACUCUGAUGAUCGUUUUCCCUUGUCGUCGUAUUGAGCUCACGAAGGGCAUCGUUGUAUUGCGAACGGGACUCGUAACUAUUAGCAUGUUAUGAUAAGAAGCGAGUGGAAGUUAUUUUUUAAGUUCGAAAGUUAUUGUGUCUUUUGUUUUCGCGGAAAACUCAAAUUUUUCUCCGAUGGCUACGAAUAGCAGUGCCGCUACGCAAGCGCAAAUCCAGCAACAGCAGCAGCAGCAGCAGAAACAACAACAUUUUCAAACCACCGGCAGUCCUCAUCACUGUAAGGAAUGCGGAUUGUUUCUGAAUUCUGCCGAAUCGCUCGAGGUUCAUCUUCAAUACCACAAGGAGAACCUGCUCAACAAAUGGGCUACCCAGGGAGCUUCGCAUUCGGAAGAGACCAAUAACAAUACCACAUCGGCAAACAGCAAGGCGCUCUGUAUAAAACGUGAGUUUGUCGGUACAAAUACUAUUUCUGCCGCGGCAGACAGUUCCGAUGCAAUGUUCAAAAACAAUAGUAGGGCCAGUCCCGAAAUCAUCCUUGGUCAUCCGCCAACUCCUCAAAGUUACAACAGCGCCUCCUCGCCCUACCAGAACCACGAGAACUCCUUCUCUCCCGGUUUUCAAAGUUAUCAGUCUAUCAAAACCGAACCAAGUUCGCCGAAUAACUUCCAACAGCAACAGUCAUAUCAUCAAAACUACCACGACAGCCAGUAUUUCAUGGAAAGUUCGCAAAUGCAACAACACAAUUAUUCUCAGGAUUAUUCCGUUCACAAGCUACCCAAUCAAUCGUCUUAUCGUUACCAUCCUUACCACCAACAAGUUUACGAGCGAAAUUCCCAGGCACAAGUGUCGUCUUCUAGUCCUGUUUAUCCGCCUCAGCCUACGCCAUCUCCCAGUCCAAAACAAUGCGAUAAGUGCGGCUACGUUUGCGAAUCCGCUUCGCAACUGAUUGAACACUUAAACGUCUCGCAUCCGCCGACUCCGUCUACUCACUUGCAAUCUUAUCAACCAAAUCGUCAAUUCAUGUUCGGUAACCAUCAUCAACAUCAUCAUCACCAACAACAAAUUAAGUCGGAGACCGAUUCGCAAAGCGAAAUCUUAGACUUGGAUUCCCACAAAGUUCACCAGGUCUUUCCGGAAGAGGACAAACAACAGCAAAAUAACGGCGAAGAUAACGUCCACAAUCCCCAUUCUGUCAGUACAAUGUUGUCUUCGUGGAACCAUCACCAUGUGCGCCAAAAUCCGUUUGUUGACGGCGCAGACCAAAGCAAGGCAUACCAACAAAAUGGAAUGGCACCGCCCGACCAGAAGUUAUUCAGAGCCCAACAAAUGGCUGGCAUGAACGAAUACAUGCCGGCCGGGGUAACGACGACGACAGAAGACGGAAGUCGAAGUGGCAAUCUCAAUACGCAACAAACCUAUAGACCAUUCGAACACAUGGCACCUACACCUUCGGGCCCCGUAAUAUCCAGCAGUCAAAUACCUACGCCUCCUACCGUUGCCAGCGCUCCCGUACAAACCAAGGGAGCCAACUGGAAGUCUAACGAAGCCAGAAGACCAAAAACGUACAACUGCACGGCCUGCAACAAAUGGUUCACCAGUUCCGGUCAUCUCAAACGCCAUUACAACACGACUCUCCACAAGAACGCGGUAAAGUCGAGCGGACAGCCGGAUCCGGCCACUUUACCGAUCAGUGCCCAUCAUCAUCCGGCAAGGGACGCCAUCAACAGGAACGACGACCAGUCGCCGGAUCCGAUGGACGACCAGAGGAGCGAGGAUAGGAGUUUCGAAAGGCCGCCGUCGAUCCCUAGCAUUCUGCAGCAGUCCCCUGGAAAUCCGUACGAACGAUCGUCUCUGCACAAUCCUGGUAUGCAAUCACCUAUUAAUACACUAUCGAAUCACAAUUCGUUAUCGAACAGUAGCAUAUCAAAUUUGUCAAGUACGAGUCCCCCAAACGGGGAGGCAGGUCCCUCUGCUAUUUCCAACCUCGAUACGAGGGGCCUGCUUUCGCUUCCUUCUACUCCCAGCAGCCCGUUUACCAGUCCGAUUCAUCAGUACAUGGCGUCUCCUUCGCACCACAUGAUGCAAUCCAUGGACAAUACUUUUCAGAUGUACCCAAACGGGUCGGCCCCCCACGUUAUGCAAGUUACGGCUACCAGCAGUCACAGUACUACUGGUGAGCUCAUGAUGGCUACGGACUCUCAACCGUUACCCAGUUUUGCGCAGAUCCAGGCGCACAGAUUCGGGUUGCUUUUGGGAUACGGAGCGGCUAACGUGGGGGGCAUGGGUCCGGCAACGGGCCCUUAUGCGACCGCCACCGCCACUUUCUACCACGACCCAUACAACAACACAUUGAACGGUGAUAACAUGAGGACUUUGAUAACCGCUUGUCGACCAAUUUUUGAAGACCAAAUAUCUCCAGAUCUCAAGGCUAGUCUACCAGAGGACGUUCCGUAUUCUCCUCCGAAUCAUAACAACAACUCGGUUCACAUUCAAAGCAUUCCGGAAGAGACCGAUUCCAAGAUCCACUUGCUGGAAAAUAUGAAAACGGAAUUGGAACCUUCCAGAGCGCCGUCUCCGAAACAGAAGCGGGUCAAAUUGGAUUACGAGGACACCACGAGCAGUCCUUUGAUAACUUCAACUGUUCAAUCGAAACAAUCUGGAGUGUUGCACAAAUGCUUCGAUUGCGAUAAGAUGUUCAACAGGGCGUGUUAUUUGACGCAACACAACAAAACCUUCCACAGUGGCGACAAACCGUUCAAAUGUACACGUUGCGGCAAGAGGUUUUCGUGCGAAAAACAGUACCAAAAUCAUUCGACGAAACACGCCGGCGACAAACCUUACAAAUGCGACCUGUGUCCGAAACAGUUCAAUCACAAAACGGACCUGAGACGUCACAUGUGUUUGCACACCGGCCAAAAACCCUUCGCCUGUGACACAUGCGGCAAAGGAUUUAUCCGAAAAGAUCACAUGCUAAAGCACUGCGAUACCCACAGCAGAAGACCCGCUUCCAAGGUAGCUACUGUUCGAUAAACUACAACAGAACGAAAAACAAAACAAUGCAUAUCGGUAUAUCAUGACGGUAAUGAAAAGGAAAACCUGUCGGCUUUGAAAUUUUCCGUUACCUACAUAAUUAACAAGAAGCAGUUGUACGUAAAUUGUUAAGUUUUAACUUUGACUAGGCACUGUGUUUUGAGAUCUUGCAUUUAGUUUAUUUGUACAGAACGAAUGGGUCAGAUGAUGUUGCUCAAUUUAACUUGGUUUCUACGAAAACAAUACCUAUGUAUAUCUAUAAUAUGUAAAACAGCAAUACCUCAUUGUCUCAGUUAAUAAAGUACCUCAUAGGUAGAAUUUUAUAUAGGUAUGUACUAUAAAUAAGGCUAAUUUAUGUAUAUAUGGGGUGUCUCAUUGAAUGGCCGUUGCCGAUGUUCCGUAUACAU